UAUCGCUCCCAACAAAUUCAAACCCGUCUCAACCCUUCGACCUCUGAAUCUAGACAUACAUUCAUGUGUGUACAUGCCCGGGCUGCCAGACGUCAGGUUUGCUAAUAAACACGGUUGCAUCUUUGCAUCGUAAAUAAAUCAUCUAGAUCUCCUUCCAAAUCUAGUCGGGUUGGUGAACUCGGUUUCUAGGGUUUGAUCUACGUUUGCGCAGCUCUCGUCUCUGUCGGAAAACAUAUACUUGGGCAUGAAAAAAAUGGCAGAUUCAUUUGGGAAGUUGGGCAUUUGAGUGGUUAGUGUAUUUAUUAGUAAAACCGCGGCCACCUUAUCCAGUCAACCCCCCUGCCCCCAGGUCAAAUUUUGAGUCUAACGGUCUCAAUAAUCAGUUCACCGCCCCAAACCAUCACCAAAAGGCACAAACAACUUCAUCUGUUGAUGAAAGCUCAUUUUGGACUAGCUGUCCUUUCUGUAGUGUGAGAUAUCAGUAUAGACGAGAGAUAGUGUGUAGAGCUGUUCGCUGCCAGAACUGUGCAAAACCAUUCGUUGCAUAAAUAUGAUAUUGGGUCUCAUAGCAUUUCAACUGGUUUUGGUGCACGUCAACCUAGUCAGCAGACUUACAAGCAAAUAGUGGUUCAAAAUCAAGGAUCUGCUAAACCGACUGCAAAUCCAUCCGCAGUUCCUCAGUAUCCCCACCAACAAGCAGGGACACAAAGAGGGAACGCUUCUCAGGUGUUUAAGGAUUUGAGGAGUAAAGAGAAACUUAAGGUCAAUGAAAGUCCACAAGACUCAAGAGUUGAGAGCAAGAAAAGGGGCAGGAAACAAUGUGCAUCUGAAUCAAGUGAGAGUUGUUAUUCAACAAGUAAUGAUGAGUCAGAAGAUUUUGACAUUGAAGAAAAGGAGAGAAGCCCUUCUGGUGUGCAGAGAGUUGGUGUUAAGCGUGACAAUGUGAGGAGAUCAUUUCGGAGAAGGCAGGAUGUUUCAUACAAUGAAACUGAGGAUGAUGAUUUCCAUUCGAAGCAUUCAAAAUCUGUUCCAUACACAGAAGAUGUAGCGCUUCCUGAAAGCCUGCACAAAGGAAAAACGUACUGAUGCAGAUGAUGCCACUGGCUCAACCUCAAAUGGUUCCCAAAAGGUUGAAGUUAUUAUGGAUUGCGAAUCAGAUUCAGAUCUCAAUAAUGUUGAUGAUUCGGUUGAGACAUAUACAUACCCUGAUCCAGAAUUCCAUGAUUUUGACAAGGACAAGGAAGAGAGUUGCUUCGCAGCUGACCAACUGUGGGCUCGUUAUGACACAGCUGAUGGAAUGCCGAGAUUCUAUGCUCACAUAAAAAAGAUAUAUUUCCCUGAAUUCGCCAUACAGUUCAAUUGGCUUGAGAUACAUCCUCAUGACAAGGUUGUUAAUGAUUGGGCUGAUGCCAAAUUACCAGUUGCAUGCGGAAAGUUCAAGCGUUGUAGAAAAUCUGAAAUUGUUUACCAUCGCAAACUUUUUUAAAGCGAAAAGCGGCCAAAAGCGUUGACCUUGAGAUUUGGGCCCUUUUCAGAGGGUGGGAUGUCGGCUGGAGCUCCCAGCCUGAAAAACACCAGCACUUCAAUUAUGAAGUCGUGGAGGUUCUUUCUGAUUAUGUUGAUGAUGUGUGGAUUAGAGUUGGAUACUUGAAUAAGCUGGAUGGAUAUGUCUCUCUCUUUCAGGGUGGGACUGAUUUGUCUGGUUCAUCUUUCUUCAUAAAGCAGAAUGAGAUUUACAGAUUCUCCCACAGAAUUCCCUCUUUCAGAUUGUCUGGAACCGAGAGAGAAGGUAUGCCAGCUGGGGCUUUUGAACUUGACCUUGCUUCUUUACCUGAAAAUCCUGAUGACCUUUGGUAUCCUCUCAAAGGCAUGGUGAGCAGAAGCAGUAAACUGAGGACUCCUAGCAAGGUUGGCACAUGUAGCUCCUCCAUUGACCCCAAAGAAGUUAAUGUUGUUGAGGACUUUGAGAUUGCAAAGGCCAGAAAAUCACCAAGGCCCAUAAAUGUUACCAAGAAGAAAUGAAAAGCAAUCCAUUUAUCUAUUGUAGCCAAGGUUAUCUGUGUGACAUCAGUUCAGAAUUAUAACUCCUUAGAAAUGGCGGUGGUGGUGGUAAGAGUUUGAAACUUAACUCAUCGUGAUCAUGCAAAAUAUGCUUGUUAGACCGAAUGUUAUCUUAUGUUGGGGUUGAUGUGCAGUAAACUGUUUAACUGGUUGGAUUCUAGCUAGCUAGCUAGCUUGCUAGAUAGAUGUAUUAUGUGUAUCAGUGUAUGUCUUAUGCUUUUAGGACAUGUGCUUUUAUUUUCAUGCCUUGUAAUGUCACUAUGGGAAAUUUGAUUUUUAACCCUUAAAAAAAAAUAACACUUGGGUUGUCCAAACAUUUUCC